AUGACAGUUUUCUCUACUGCACUCUGGCGUAUUGCAAAAGCGAUGGAUUUCGUCAACGACCUCAUGGAGGUGGAGGACGAGGUCUUCCAGAAAUACAGGCGUGACAUUCUCAAGGCACUCCAGGGGGUGACACCCCCCGGUCCUCACCCUGUACCUACUGGAUCGACCACCAACAGGUCUCUCCCUGCUGUCAAGGUGAAGCCCCUCGGGGAAAUUCGUGACGAUCAGAUGCUUUUCUACGACACUCUCGUCUUGACUGAGCAGUUUGACAACGCGCCCGCGGUGCAUCUUACCGUGAAUGGAUUAGUAUCCGCUCGUCUCGAGCAGCGCCUUGGUUGCAUCGGCGUAGUUCGCACGCACCGACGCAAGAGGAUUUUCAUUCCCUUGCUCAUCAAAUCGCACAACCAGAAUAUCCUUCCGAUACACCAUGCGCAGCUGGCGGGACACCUAGACACCGUAUUGGGCAAGGAGGUCGCGCGUCGUCGAGAUGCUCUCUUGAAUGCAGAGCCCAUCCCACCCGCCAUUGCGAACCCGAUCUCCGCGUUUUGCCUUGACUAUAUUCAAGGGGCUGUGACUCGCCUCAACGAAGCCACGAUCAUUCAGGUAAACGACGAUGCAGGCCCCGUGCUUGAUAUCCCCAAGAAUUUCAUUCUUGAUAGUAUCGCUUUGUAUCAGGAGCGAAUGACUCGGGCGGAGCCCGCAUCAUUGGUCAAUGGUGUUAUCAGUUCCACCGUUCAGGUCGGAUACCCGGAGCCGGCGGAAAUCAAUCUCACGGAGCUGAUACACAUGACGUCCAUGAUGAUGACGGAUCGGCUCAUCUGGGCGCCAGAUGAUAUCGAUGUCCUCGAGCAUGACUUUCUUGAUUUCCACUUCAAAAUCUUCUCCAGCAAGCCUACCAUGAUGGCGAUUCACGGGUACGCGAUUGGUCCUCCAUCCGCACAGGUGGUAGAUGACUCCUUCUCCCCUCAUGAUACAAGUUACCAGGACUUCCUGGAUUAUUUGAAUGAAUAUCAUGACCCUCCUCGUUCCAGGCUCGAACUUGACGGACAUCACGAGCAUCUCUACAACUUGUUGCUAGAUUCUGGCGCGGCCCUCGAGGCUCCUCUCCCAGAGCCUGUCAUCCAGACCCUGUCUGAUAUGAAGCAACGAGCUCUAGUCCACCUGUAUCCGACCGAGAAUCAGUGGAUGUACUCGUAUAUGGAGGGCGAUGAGCCCCUCGAUCAGCUCGCGCGUAAGCACUUUUGGCCUCUGAAUCGAGUUGUGGAGUAUCACCGCCACAUGUUGGAGAUUUACCUACGGGGCCACACACUUGUUUUGGUUCGAGCCACCGAGCUCGAUGCCCACCGAUUUGGCCUAUAUGCCUCGCGCGCAUCCGAGCUUAUCCGCGACCUUUUGUUACAAAAGUACCAGCCCAACCGUGUCGGUGGAAAUGCCGGUCAGGGCAGUGGCUUGUAG